AUGAAAGUUUUCUUAAAAAUCCCAGCUCACGAAGUUCUCCGAUCGAAGAUCCCAAAGUCUGGAAAACAUAGGCUCGAAAUUUUCUUCGAUUUGCAGCUGAUGUCUCUCUUUGAGUCGGCGGCUAUCGUCGCCUCCCCUGUUAUCUCUUACGAGAUCAUCCGCCCCUUCUUCAUCACCGUGAAUCACCGCGCAGCUCGUCGAUGGUUUCACCACCGUGAACUACUACGAAGCUUGCAGGCGUUCGAUUUAAAAUUCUCCAUAUCCGCCGGCAGCAUCCGCCGCGACAUCCAAGAAAUCCAGAAGCCCAACAAUCGCUGCACCAACAGCAAUCGAAGCUCGCCGUUUUCCAUCACCAUCUCCAAUUCAGAUCCAAUCGAAGCUAAGUUAUCCCUGCCUUUCUCUAAAUUCGAUCUGAGCAACCUCCAUCGUCGGCUCAGCGCCCACCACCGCUCCAAUCGCACCACCACUACCCCUGGCACCUGCCUCCAGCCUCUGACUCCGACAACAGUCGCCCUCAUUCUUCAGUUUUCUUUCACUGCAUAUUCUAGGAGCUCGCAAGAACAGCAAGCUCAGUCACGGCUGCACCAAAUUUCCACGGAUUCAUGGUGUUCGCCUUCUGUUGUUAGUUCACCCAGCUCUUCGCUCCCGGGGGCACCUGGUGGUUCUUCCAGCAGCGUAAACAUGACACGACCCACGGAUCGACCUAACUCCUUAUCAAAUGUUUCACCUGUAGAGGCAGCAGGCAUCAUUGCCCUAUUAGAAGGCAAAAGUGUUGAUGAGCUAAGAAAGCUUCUGUCCGACAAGAAUUCUUAUCAAAACCUCUUACUCUCACUCGAACCUGUCAAAACUCACAACAGGGUGAGAGACGAACUUAGGAACGAAACGCUGCAGCUUGCCAGAGAUAAUUUGGAAAAAGAACCACUCAUAGUGGAGCUAAGAAAUCAGUGUAGAAUCAUUCGAACAACUGAACUUGCUGCUGCUCAAGAAAAGUUGCAUGAACUGGAAAGGAAGAAAGAAGACGUGCUCAAGUUUUACUCUCCCUCUUCCCUCGUCCAUCGACUCCAAGAAGCAAUGAAUGAAACAGAAGAUGAAUCUGAGGCCCUGCACAGGCAGCUUCUUGAUCGAGAGCUUGACAUUACAGCCUUCCUACAAAAAUACAAGAAGAUGCGAGGUCCAAAGAGGGCUUCAAAGAUCCGCAAGCUCUUCAACCUUAACAAGGAAGAUGAUGUUAGGAAGUAUGUCAACACAUACCGUCGCACAUUCACCACCAAAUCUGGCAACAAAGUCAGCAAAGCUCCUAAGAGUGGAGAUGAGAAAGUGAUAGGAGGACUUUCAUGCUUGAUGUCGGAAAUUGGUCAAGCUGUGGGUAUCAUUUUACAAUUAUUUUGAGGUCAAAAGACAACCAGAGAAUCAUAGCAGGUUGACUAACUA